AUGGCCAGUAAUGAUAAACGUGUCACUCAGAUUGGCCAUCUUAUCGCCCUGCCGCGCUCGGAGCUGCCAGCGCCAGACUUUCUCCCUGACAACCCCAUAGGCCAUACGGAUACUCGCCACGUUAUUCGGAAAAGGAAGCGCGGUGAAGAAAUAGAAACCGAAGAGCUCGCUCUUCGUAAUGGCAAGGGCGUAGACCGGGCGUUGAGAGUUCUAGAGGAGUCGCCCCAGAUCUAUUACAAACUCUCGUUUGGCCACUACCUUGGCGAACUUUUUACCUUUGCGGUGAAGAAGACUCAGCCUUACACAUGUGUAGCGAUACGUCAAUACUCGACUUCCUUGGGACACGCAGCUCUCAAGUCAGCCGGUGAACUCCAUCAUCGAAAUAUAUUGAACGCCAUCGAAGCGUUCAAAACUGAAGACAGUAUUUACAUUCUGUUCGAGGACACGGUAACAACUCUAGAGAACGUGAUUCAGUCCACGCUUUAUCCAGAUGAUUUACAGCUAAACGCUAUUAUUGGACAAGUCAGUUACCCCAAAGAUAAGGAUGAAGAAACAACACUAAGCACAGACCGUAGAUGA